ACACUGAAACAGGAAGUUCAUUUCAGAGAAAACGAAACUAAUAAGAUUCUCCGUUGCUGUCUCCCUUUCUCUCUCUCUCUCUCAGUGUGUGUGCAGCAAAAUGGCCGGUAUUUCAGUAGAUCAGGAUCAGUUCCUCUGUCCAGUGUGUCUGGAUCUUCUGAAUGACCCUGUGACUACUCCCUGUGGCCACAGUUUCUGUAAGGUGUGUAUUAAUGGUCACUGGGAUCACGAGGAUGUGAAGGGCGUCUUCAGCUGCCCCCAGUGUAGAGAGACUUUCACUCCAAGGCCUGUUCUACGCAGGAACAACAUGCUGACUGAAGUGGUGGAGAAACUGAAGAAGACUGAACUCCAAGCUGCUUCUCCUGCUCACUGUUACACUGGACCUGGAGAUGUGGAGUGUGAUUCCUGCACCAGGAGAAAACGCAAAGCCGUCAAGUCCUGUCUGGUUUGUCAGGCCUCCUAUUGUGAAGAUCAUCUUCAACCUCACUAUCAGUCUCCUGCCUUUAAGAAGCACAAGUUAGUUGAAGCCUGUGCAGAGCUCCAAGAGAAGAUCUGCUCUGAACAUGACAGACUGAUGGAGAUCUACUGUCGUACUGACCAAAGCUUCAUCUGUUACUUGUGUAUGAUGGAUCAACACAAAGGUCAUGAUACUGUUUCAACUAAAGCAGAAAGAACUGAUAAACAGAAUGAGUUAAAGGAGGAGCAGAUAAAAUUCCAGCAGAGGAUCCAGGAGAAGGAGAAGAAGGUGCAGGAGCUGAAACAGACUGUGGACAUUAUUAAGAUACGUUCACAGGCAGCAGUAGAUGACAGUGAGAGGAUCUUUACUGAGCUGAUCAGCUCCAUGGAGAAAAAGCGCUCUGAGGUGAUGGAGCUGAUCAGAACUCAGGAGAAAGCUGAAGUGAGUCGAGCUGAACGACUCCUGAAUCAACUGGAGCAGGAGAUUGCUGAUCUUAAGAGGAGAGUCACUGAGCUGGAGGAGCUUUCACACACACACGAUCACAUCCACUUCCUCCAGAGUUUCCCGUCUCUCUGUGUCUCUCCUGGAUGUGAAGACUCACCCAGCUUCACUGUCAAUCAACAUCUCUCAUUUGAUGGAGUGAGGAAAUCUCUCUCAGAUCUGAAAAAACAAGUCGAGCAAAUCUAUGAGGAGGAAUUCAACAAAAUCCGUCCACAAGGUAAUUCAAUUCAAUUCUAUUUGUAUAGCACUUUUAACACUGGACAUUUUCUCAAAGCAGCUUUACAGAACAUCAUUUUUCUGUCUCCAUUUCGUCUCUGUUUCUCCACAGCUGCAGCAGUUCAGAUGAUUUUACCUCCAGAACCAAAGAGCAGAGAAGAUUUUCUGCAGUAUUUCUGUUAUCUGACUCUGGAUCCAAACACAGAACAUCCUGAACUUGUUCUAUCUGAGAAGAACAGAGUGGUGACAUGGAGUGGGUUAAAACGGCGAUACUCUGAUCAUCCAGAGAGAUUUGACUACUGUACUCAGGUGUUGUGUAAGGAGAGUGUGUGUGGACGCUGUUACUGGGAGGUGGAGUGGAGCGGUGAUGUGGAAAUAUCACUCUCAUAUAAAGAGAUCAGCAGGAAAGGACAAGGUAAGGAGUGUCUGUUUGGAUGCAACAGUCAGUCCUGGAGUCUGCGGUGUUCUUCUUCGUCUGUCUUUUUCUGGCACAACGACAUUAAGACUGAGCUCCGAGGUCCAGCAUCCUCCAGAAUAGGAGUGUAUGUGGAUCACAGUGCAGGAACUCUGUCCUUCUACAGCGUCUCUGACACGAUGAGGCUCCUCCACAGAGUCCACACCACAUUCACUCAGCCUCAGUACGCUGGGUUCUGGAUAUAUUAUGAUUCAUCUGUUAGGUUAUGUGAUCCAUAAUGAAAUGUUGGUAAAAGUGUUUAUUAAAAUUAUAACUGAGGUGUGAGAUUUAAUUUCUCCCUGAGCUACACUGGACAUUUUGUGUACAGAAACUGGAACAGUUUUUUCUUCUCAAACAGACUAUUUAACUGUAUGCACUAUUAGGAGGAUUUAUUAUCCUGAUAUGAAACAUAACAAUGUCUUAAAAAACUUUUUUAUUUUUUUUAUUUUUUUGCUUUGUCAAAGACUGUUUCCUCAGAAAUAAUAACUUACUCAAACUGCUGUGUCUUUCUGUGCUGCUGCUGGUGGAAACACAUCCUACUGUAUAAAAGACGUUUAUUAUUUUAGAUCUUAA